AUGAGCAAGAAUCAAACUAUUCAAGAGUUUGAUGAAAACUUCUUCAGUAGCAUCGCUGUACCCAAAGUGAAAGAUUACUCGAGGCUGUCAAGCUCUCCAAGCAGAGAUCAGCCAUGCGAUUCGUCUUAUUUCGAAAAACACUUCCCUAACCUAGAGUGUGAUACUCCAGUCAAAAUGCGGCUCCCAGCUGUUAAUCGCAACUCCGACGAUGCACUUCCCGCUGGCAACAUGGAUAACUUCCUUUCAUCAUCUGCUUCUUCCGAAACUACUGUUAAUGCCGAGCAACAAGAUACUACAUCUGUGAAGCAGCAGCCGUCUCAUAACAAUAGAGAGCCACUGAAGAUUGUUCCGAAUGAAGCAGCCAUUCCAGCUCAAUCUAAAGUGUAUGGUGAAAGCCAAUUGAUUGAGGGUCUCGAAAAACUCACGAUGUUCGCUCCCAAAGAACCAGAAGAGCGUCUUUCUCAGCGUCGUCGAUCAGAGCAGAAAAAACGAAACGAAGAGGAAGAGAACAAACGGCGAUCUGGUGUACCAGCGAGUUCUGUCAACCGAGCUCGUUCAAUCAGCACGAAGAGAUCUAUAUCUCGUGAACCAUCCUCAACAACCAAGCGGGAAUCGUCUAUUCCUCGCUCUCGUCACAAUUCUGUCACCCGUACCAUUUCUGCACCGAUCAAUGCUACUGCCACUGGAGUCGUGACAAGAGCUAUGGCGGCUCGUGCCGCUGAGACUUCGACUAAGCCUUUGGUUCGUCGCAGUGUUAUGCCACUCAAAGUUGCUCAAAAAACACCUGUUUCGACAUUGAAAAAAGAGACUGCGCCGGGAAGUGGAGAUAGAUCUCGCGAUCGUACUCGUCGUACAAACACUACUGGAACAUCUGUUCGCCGCAGUGUGAUGCCUGUGAAACCUUCAGGAGCCGCCACUCCAGUUGCGCCACCCCGUCGAUCUGCUUCAGCAACUAGAGCUCCGGUGUCUGUUAGUAAGAUGACACCAAAGAACCGUCCGAUUGCUACAGCCAAUCGUUCAUCUAUUCUUCGAAUGAACACUGUCAAGCUUACUGCUCCGCCUGUUUCAAUCACAGCUGAAUCUGAGGCACAACCGAAGAAAUUGAUUACACGUCCUGCUGUCCCGACUACGGCAACAACUCGCAUUCGGCAGCCACUACGUGUCAACCCGAGCACUCCUAGCUCCAUGGCCAAAAAACCAGCAAUGCCAUCUUCUGGGCAACGCCCUGCUCGCGUGCCACACGUUGUCACACGUGCUAGAUCUGUGGAUCGCAGUGCUCCUCCACCACCUGCUGCUUCUACACCAUCCGCAUCGGUAAUCUUCAAAAAAACCCCUGUCCCAAAAAUGCGUAUACUUUAG